CUGCUUGUAUCCCCGCGUUCUUUUUACAGUACAUCAUGUAAUAAUGUUAGCAACAGAAACGCUAUUACUUUGUUGCGAAGAUUAUGCGUAUGUUUUGGGGGCGUGGGUAGUGUAUAAAGGCUACAAUUACGUAUAUAACAUCCGAUAGUAAUUUUGGUAGCUGUAUAGCUGUAGCUGUAUUUUUGAUUGGCUAUCCAGAAUCGCCUAUUUCAUUUUGAUGAUGUGCAUGGGAAUAAGCAUGCUGCCAGUAUUCAAAACGUGGCGGCGCCUGACCACGGAAACUUGAGUGGAACUGAUUUUACUCAAGGCACCGCCUAGCCCUGCGUGUUACAUUCUGUUAUCGGGUUUCCCUAUGAUAGAGCCCCCCCAUGGUGGUGUCUCGGCGGUGGGAGAGGCUCGGAUCCCGCAGGCCUUUCCUCUCCCUCCCGCUCUGGCUGCAGUCUAGGAUGUUGCGCCAGGUUUUGCGCGAAGGGCUAAGGACGUCUUUCUACAAACUCGGCCACUUUGUAGCCAACCACCCGGUGUUCUUCUUAUCUGCCCCGGUGCUCGUCUCCGUCCUGCUGGGAGCCAGCUUCAGCCGCUACCGCGUCGAGGAAAACAUGGAGCACCUACUGGCCCCCAAACACAGUCUGGCUAAAAUAGAGGGCAAACUGGUGGACAGCUUGUUCCCAGUCAACAGAUCCAAACACACUCUUUACUCGGAUCUCCAGACUCCAGGGAGAUACGGCAGGGUGAUUGUCACCACAGGCCGGGGGAACGUAUUGGACCAGCAUCAUGUGGACCAAAUUCUGGAGCUCCACAGCGCCGUCACCGCCAUGCAGGUGCACGUGCUGGGGUUCAACUACACGUUCGCCCACCUCUGCCUGCUGGACGACAACAGCAGCUGCAUCGUGGACGACAUCCUGCACGUCCUGGAGGGGCUGCGGACGGCGUGGGCCUACAACCGCUCGGCCCCGCCGCUGCGCUACCCCAUCACCACGCUGCAGGACGGCCGCGAGGCCUACAUCGGCCACCAGCUGGGCGGCGUGCAGCCGGCGGGCCGCAAGGCGGUCCGCUCCGCCCGGGCCCUGCAGCUCACCUACCACCUGCAGGCGGCCAACCCCCUGAACGACAUGGUGGCCACCGGCUGGGAGGCGCAGUUCUGCCGCGCCCUGGAGCUCUACCAGGAGAGCCACCCCGAGAUCACCCUCUACCCCUUCACCUCGUCCUCGCCCCAGCGCGACUUCCAGAAGACCACCAAGGUGUCGGAGUGCCCCCUGCUGGUCAGCCUGUGCGUGUGCGCGUCGCUGGCGGUGCUGUGCUGCUCCAUGCGGGACUGCGUGCGGACCAAGCCCUGGCUGGGCCUCCUGGCGCUGGUCAGCGUGGGCCUGGCCACGCUCACCUCCGCCGGCAUCAUCAACCUGGCCGGCGGCAAUUACAACUCCACCUUCCUGGGAAUCCCCUUCAUCAUGCUGGGUCACGGGUUGCUGGGGACCUUUGAGAUGCUGUCGUCAUGGCGACGGACCCGGGAGGACCAGCACGUGAAGGAGCGCGUGGCGGCCGUGUUCUCGGACUGCAUGCUCCCGUUCACCGCCAGCACCGCCCUGUACCUGGUCACGUUCGGCAUCGGCGCCAGCCCCUUCACCAACAUCGAGGCCGUGCGCCUCUUCUGCCAGAACACCUGCAUCUCCGUGCUCUUCAACUACCUCUACAUCCUCACCUUCUACGGCUCCAACCUGGUCUUCACCGGGUACAUGGAGAACAACUACCAGCACAGCCUCUUCUGCAAGAAGGUGCCCAAGCCCGAGCUCCUGCUCCAGAAGCCGGCCUGGUACCGCUUCCUCAUGUACACGCAGUUCAACGAGGAGGCCUCCGAGCUGGGCGACCUGCGGGCGUACGAGAGCCACCUGCUGGUGGCCUUCAUGAAGCGCUACUACUGCGAGUGGAUAACCAACACCUACGUCAAGCCCUUCGUCAUCCUCUUCUACCUGAUCUACGUCUCCUUCGCGCUCAUGGGCUACCUGCAGGUGAGCGAGGGCUCGGACCUGAGCGCCGUGGUGGCCACGGAGACCAGCACCAUCGCCUACACGCGGGCCCAGCAGAAGUACUUCAGCAGCUACAGCCCCGUGAUCGGCUUCUACAUCUACGAGUCCAUCGAGUACUGGAACGCCAGCGUGCAGGAGGACCUGCUGGAGUACACCAAGGGCUUCGAGCGGAUCUCCUGGUUCGAGAGCUACCUGGGCUACCUGCGCGGCCUCAACGUCAGCGCCGGCCUGGCCAGGCGCGACUUCACCGAGCGGCUGCGCGCCGGCUUCCUCAAGCAGCCGCAGUUCCUGCACUUCGCCGACGACAUCAUCUUCGGCCGGCUGGCCGACAGCGAGGUGGACGUGGUGGCGUCGCGCAUGUUCCUGGUGGCCAAGACCACGGAGAACAAGCGCGAGGAGAUGCGCGCCCUGCUGGACACGCUGCGCAAGCUGUCGCUCACCUCCCGCAUCAAGUUCAUCAUCUUCAACCCCUCCUUCGUCUACAUGGACCGCUACGCGUCCUCGGUGGGCGCGCCGCUCAAGAACUCCUGCAUCGCCGCCCUGUUCCUGCUCUUCUUCUCCGCCUUCCUGGUGGCCGACUCGCUGGUCAACGUGUGGCUGACCGUGACGGCGGCGUCGGUGGAGUUCGGCGUGAUCGGGUUCAUGACGCUGUGGCGGGUGGAGAUGGACUGCGUGUCGGUGCUGUGCCUGAUCCACAGCCUCAACUACGCCGUGGACUCGUGCGGCCCGCUGCUGGCCACCUUCGCCCUGGGCCGCGAGUGCACGCGCACGCGCUGGGUGAAGGUGGCCCUGGAGCGGCACGGCGUGCCCGUCCUGCAGAGCUGCCUCUGCCACGGCGCGGCCCUGCUGCCCCUGGCCGCCGUGCCCUCCAACCUCACCGGCACCCUGUUCCGCUGCCUCUUCCUCUCCGCCGUCGUCACCCUCUUCCACUGCCUGGCCGUGCUGCCCGUCCUGCUCACCUUCCUGCCGCCCUCCAAGAAGAAGAGGAAAGGGAAGAAGGGGGCGGAGAGCCGGGGCGAGAUCGAGUGCGUGGAGAUGGGGGACAGCACUCGCGUCGUCGACCAGAUCACCACGGUCUGAGGGAGCGCUCGCCGGACGUCGCGGGGGGGGGGGGAAACCGGGUCGCCGCGCGGGAGUCUGCGGCUCGCGGGGGGGCGCGGAGGCCGGUCGCGAGUAGAAUACGUAUUCCGGGUCACGAGAUGAUGUGCAUGGGGGAAAAAAUUAGCAUGAGAGAGAACGGGCUUGCCGCGUGAGCCAGGGAAAGUCCCGCGUCCGCAGACGCGCGGGCGGCGGUGUGCGGUCGACGGUUGUCUCCGGUUACGCGUGGUCUGGAUGUGUGAAAGGUUAUAGUUCAGUUCUCAUGUGAAACCAUUCCGAGAGAGAAUGCAACAUUUUGUACGUCGCUUCGGAUAAAGGCAUCCGCUAAAUACAAUGUAAUGUAAUGUAAUCUGAUUUACUCUUCUCCCUUAUGGUAGGACGGCUAAGAGGAGUUUACUCCUGGGUCAGUCAGACAGACUGUUACAAAAGAAUGUGUGGGUGAUGGUGGCAUCAAACAGUUUUUCUUCUCUUAUCUGCAGGAAUCAGAGACAGUGAAGAUAAUCUAUGUUUUCAUCAGGUUUAUUCACUGCCAGUUUUAUCGCCUCCCACUGCUGUAAGAAUAGCUUUUGUUUCUGGCAACUUCCCCAAGUAUUCAAUCUUUUUUUGUUUUGUGUUUCAGCUGUAUGUGUCGUGCAUGAUUCAUUUAACAUUCAAAACUGUGCAAGAAUAUGACAAUAGCCAUU